AUGGCUGUGACCCCUGGCCAGUAUAAACACAGUAACACCAACGGCUGGGUAUUUCAGCCAGAUGGGCACGGUGGAGGCGCGUUCACUCUGAGCCUCGGUAUAGAGAACAUGGGAUACACGAUUCCCCUUCAUCCGGACCAAGUCGCCAUCGUCAACCAGGCGGCUGGUCACGACGACGUAGUGCCCCCGGACGGAUCCUCCUUGCCGCAGAAUACGGCGGUAGACACCUCUGUCACAUCUGCAUCAAACAACAACAUAAGCAACACCAGCAGCAUGCCUAUCAACACUAACGCACCGGAUGCCACAACUGGCACGACUUCGUAUACCAUCCCGAAUACGGCUUGGUCUUCGUCGCCAACAUCGACAUCUACAAUGACCAACUCGGCCAACCCAACCACAACUUCUUGGUCUACCACAACCACUUCCUCGUCUGCAGUUGACCCCCAGGUCCAACCUAAGUGGACUGAUCCUGCCAAGUCCAUUGACAUGAAAACAAACGCAUACGCCGGCGCCUUUGGUCCAGACAGCUCCUUCGAGGAUGCCGCUUAUCCUGAGCGCCGCCAGAAGCAGUCCAACCUACAAGACGGUGCUUGGAAUGCCGCUAUGAAAACAGGUGAACGGUCCGACUCCGCCAUGUGGAUUGAUGAAGCGAAAAGCACGCCGGCGCCCACUGCACUCGCGGCACCCGCUUCCUUUGCCUUUCCCACACCCACACAGAUGAUCAUGAGCACUGCGAAUAUGGGUGGUGCACCCAUAGCGGCGCCCGUGGCGGCACCCAUGACGGUACCAACAAUGCAGGCAUUUUUCGACCAGUUUCCCAUAGUACAGCCUAUGAAUGACUUGUCACCAACCACGUCGUCCUCCACUGGGGUGACGGACAUUACGGACGCCUCCUCGAAUCAGAUGCACAUGUCUCCACGCACCUCAUCUGGUGGCUUGGUGGAGGCGCCCGUUGCGGUCACGACUACAAACUCAGGCACUCUGAACUUCACUCCCAGUGACAUCGCCAUGUACGGAUCGCUCAUGGGCCACAGUGACCUGCAGGCUUAUCUGCCUCCGGCAACUGCGGAGACGGCAGCCCUUGGUGCAGUCUCGAGCAAUACGCCCUUUGUGAGUGCCCAAGAUUCCAGCGUUCUUCAGGCAGCACAAUGGAACAUUCCCUUUACUGUUGCACCCGCCACGAACGUCUUUGCACCCGCCACGACGCAGCCGACAAUGGAUCCAACCAUGAAUAUGCCCAUGGACAUGGCAUUCGCCAGUACAGCGGCGAACCCCACGCCAGCAGUGGUGGGUGCAGGACAUGUUGGUAAUGUCGGCUCCGCGCCUGUGCCACAAAUUGAGCCAAACUCGCAUGGUAAUUACAUCCCCUUUGUUCAGCAUCCCAACAUGCUACAGGCACCCGCCCAGUGGGCUCCGGCAUCAUUUGAGAGCAGUUCUGUGAACUUUCCGUGGCUGCCGGUGGCAGACAUUACAACCGUGCCCUUCCCACCUCCUCCACUUCCCUUUGAUCCUGUCGGGCCUCUUCAACCCCAGGUCCCCGUGACUCCCCAGGCUCCCCAGGUCCCCGUGACUCCCCAGGCUCCCCAGGCUCCCCAAGCUCUCCAGGUACACAAAAACAAGCCCAAGCCCACACCCAAAUCCAAAUCACAGCAGCCUCGACGAGUUUCUAUUGUGCUUGAAGAUCCCAAGCCGAGCACCAGUACGUCUGAGUCUAGCGUCGAACAAGCCAAACGUCCACAAUCCCGCCGCGUCUCGCAGUCUUCUGGGACUGUACAUCCUGUGUCCGGUAUUAGUCGCCGGAAAUCUAUUCCUCCUCCUCCUCUUUUCAAUGCCGUCCCCGCACCCCAGAAAACUGCUGUGCCUAGCACUGGGAUCAAGUUCCUGCCUCCUGUCUCUGUCCACGUGCAAACUCCGACCACGUCGUCUCCCCAUAAGCACACUCGAGUGGUCGAGAUCGAGGGCGAUGAAUCGUCUCCAUUAAAGCGUACCAAACAACAGCCAUCAUUCACGGCCCAGGCAUCGCCACAGCAGACACAAACUCAACAUGAAAAUCAAGAGAGAAAGAAAGAGACGGAGAUUUGUUACGACAUGGAUGCCAAUGGUCAGUACGAUGCCCGGAUCCCUCGCUUUCCCACGGGGCCCGGUCAGGUACCGCCGACCCUCGGCCGGCCAUGCGUUAUUCCCACACCUAUCGGCGAGGUUCUUGUCCCCUGUUUCAACGUCUACGCAGCAGAGGUGAUUGCCAACUCUGACGCCGCCACAGGGUCCGAGUUUGUCUUGAAAAUGUCCCAGGGCCUAACUGAGUACUCCCGCCGCAACAAACAGCCGCUCUCGGUCGAGAGCGAGAUGGCCCGCAUAGCUAAAGCGCAGAAACGGGGCGAGGCCAUUGCCAAGGCCCGGGCCAAGGCCGAGGCGAGAGGUAAGGCUCAGGUUCCCCAAGUGAACGAGUCUGUAGCGACGCAAGCAGCAGACGUUCAACCUUCCAUGUCUCAGGCCCACGCUCCAUCUCCUUUUGAGCGGGCCACCAUUUCCCAGUCGCUGCGUGGCCAGCCCAAUCGGCCAAUGAGCACCGCAGAGCUCAAUGUUGGCCAGAAUGGCAUCCUUCCCAUGUUUAUUGUGGGGCCACAAGCAGUUCAUGCGGCACCAGGCCCGCCAAAUAGGCCGGCCCCUACUACUGCCAAUAUUGCCGGUAGUGUGGACGUUGGCACAUCAGCGGCUCAGUCGUUCUCACGUCCUGUGUCCCGUGUUCCGCUGCCUGCCACUGCGAUGACAGUCCGGCCACAGCUUCCUAUCAGCCGAAAACCUCAUACACGGGCAUCGACCAGAUUAUCCACCUUGCACUGUACUGGACGUGGAGCCAAUGCCAGCACCGGCGCGUAG